GGCUGCUACUUCGGUGAUCACAUGACAGCCGUGGUGGCUGUCGGGAUGAGAAUCGAUCAGCAGGGUACUGGAGGUUUCAACAUGGCCGCUUCGGGCUGUCACUAAGGGAGUUGUUUUCAACUCAAGAGCCGUUCUCUUGGCAAGAGUAAAUAACGGAGCCAUUCAGUAAUUGGUGCUGGUUGAGAAACCAAGACCAGCAAAGCAAUGGCUCAGUGCGUUCAGUCAGUUCAGGAGUUCAUCCAGGACUCCUUCGUUCCGAUGGUUGCCGUCUUAUGCAGCGAAGAUGCAGAGAAAGUCACCCGCAAAAACAACCUGAAUUUUCCGGAGCUUCUGCGGCCUUUCUGUCGGCUCACUUCUGAAGGGCACCUGCGAGACCCCAACAACCAGCUGGUGGUGGUGCGAAGUCUGCGCGUCUGUGUGACGGGCAUCAGCACACGCCCGCCCCAUACGGCCACACUCCGUGCUGCCCUCACCAACGCCGUGGCCACCUGCCAGCCGCCCGACACGACCAGCGCUAACGUCAUCACGGCGGGAGACUAUGACCUCAACAUUAGUGAUCGCUCGUUAAAAGCGAGCGUGCCAUGGUACUCCAGCUGGAGGGACACUCUCACCCAGCUCAGCUCCAGCAGUCACUUCACAGCGACGACCCCCUGGUUUGAAGCUUACAGGGAGAUCUUCCUGCAGUCCAUGCCUGGGUCUGAGCAUGAGUUCCUCAGCCACUACCUGGCCUGCAUGCUGGUUGUGUCGUCGUCGGAGACGGUGCCUCUGGAUCAGUUUCUGAAGCUGUCCCAGGAGCAGCACAAGAUCCAGCACAGCGGAGAGUACACCCACCCACGCUGGUUCAUCCCCAACACGCUCAAAUACUACGUCCUCCUGCAUGACAUUAGUGAUGGAGAUGAGCAGAGAGCGGAGAGUGUGUAUGAGGAUAUGAAGCAGCGGUACGGCUCUCAGGCAUGCUACCUGCUCAAGAUCAACUCCAGACAGGGAGGAGCUGUGGGCUCUGAGGAGCAGAUCCCUGACCCCUGGAGCCAGUACCUGCAGAAAACACACACACAGGAAGUGUUUGAUGAUACCGCAUCUACCAACAGCAUUGAUAAUGACCUCAACAGUUCUUCUAAGAUGGACGAUGGAGACACCCCCACUAAAGAUGGCAUGUCCAACAAUCUGGACGAGCACCCUCUCCAGCUGGACCAGUCGGCGGAGCCAGUUCUGCCCGGGCAGGGGGGUGAGUCACUGGAAGGCGAGGAGGCGCGUGACCCUAAGCCCGGCGGCCCCGGAGGAGGAGGAGGAGCGGUGGCCCUUCCAUCGUCCAGUGGCACCCAUGGGGCUUGGCUCACCCUCACUGACCACGACCGCAUCCGCCAGUUCAUCCAGGAGUUCACCUUCAGAGGCCUGCUGCCCCAUAUUGAGAAGAACAUCCGACAGCUCAAUGACCAGCUGGUAUCUCGGAAGGGCUUGAGCAGGUCGUUGUUCUCGGCCACUAAGAAGUGGUUUGGUGGGGGGAAGGUCCCUGAGAAGAGUAUCAGUGAGCUGAAGAACACUGCUGGACUACUCUAUCCCCCAGAGGCGCCAGAGCUCCAGAUCCGUAAGAUGGCCGACCUGUGCUUUCUGGUGCAGCACUAUGAGCUGGCCUACAGCUGCUACCACACCGCCAAGAAGGACUUCCUCUCCGACCAGGCCAUGCUGUAUGCAGCCGGCGCACUGGAGAUGGCUGCGGUCUCUGCUUUUCUUCAGCCUGGAGCCCCUCGACCGUAUCCAGCACAUUACAUGGAUACAGCCAUCCAGACGUACAGAGAUGUGUGCAAGAACAUGAUGCUGGCCGAGCGCUGUGCCCUACUGAGUGCUGAGAUUCUGAAGAGUCAGGCCAAGUACUCCGACGCUGCUACACUGCUUAUCAAGAUGACCAGCGAGGACUCUGAUUUGCGAAGUGCUUUACUUUUGGAGCAGGCGGCUCACUGCUUCAUUAAUAUGCGUAACCCGAUGGUGCGCAAGUUUGCCUUCCACAUGAUCCUGGCAGGACACCGCUAUAGCAAAGCUGGACAGCGGAGACACGCGUUGCGCUGCUACUGCCAAGCGCUCCAGGUGUACCGUGGGAAGGGUUGGUCACUGGCGGAGGACCACAUCAACUUCACCAUUGGCCGGCAGUCCUACACACUCCAGCAGCCGGACAAUGCGGCAGCAGCCUUCAGACACAUUCUCAUCAACGACAGCCAGCAGAGCCCCACCCAGCAGGCCGCCUUCCUUAGAGAGUACCUUUACGUCUACAAGAGUGUGAACCAGCCGUCGGGGGAGACUGACACGGAGGGCGUGCUGCCCCAGCUGCCCCUGCCCUGCCUCAACAGUGCACAGACGCGCGUCUUCUUCGGCCACGAGCGCAGGCUCGCCGAGGGUGAGAAGCAAGCAGCGACUCAUGUGACACUGGACCAGGAGUGUGAUGCGGAUAUCUCGCGCCUCUGGAUCCGAUUGGAGGAGCAGGUGGUUGCCAUGGUGAAUCGGGGCGUGGUGCCGCAGUCGUUUCAGCCCACCCAGGCCUGCCUCAGCCAGCACACUGAUAACCUCAGAUUUCCACUGGCCGUUGUCAAUGAACCCAUCAUUGUGGAGGUGUCUUUCCGGAACCCUCUGCGGGUGCCUCUAAGUCUGUCUGACCUCUCGUUGCUAUGGAAGUUUACCCCUGAAGACUUCAGCCGACUGCCAGACAACACACACGCCUCGUCUCAGAGCAUCACCAACGAGAAGGAGGUCCUCAACCCACAGACCACACCGAAAGAUGACAUCAUUACCACUGAGGUCAUUGCAGAGUUCAACAUGAGUCCAGAAGAGACCAAACUGGCACGGCUGAAGCUGCUGCCCCACCAGACUGGAGAGCUGAGGAUUCUGGGAGUAGUGUAUAACCUGGGCACUGGGGACUCGGGAAACAGCUCAGCAGAAGGGCUCCCAGUGGGUGGUUUGAGUGUACGUGGUCGGCAGGAUCUGGAGAUACAGGGCCCACGACUCAACCAGACCAAAGAGGAGAAGACCAGCGUGAAGCAUGGAUCAGACCACCGCCUCGACCCCAUCAUUACCCCACCCAUGCCUUUGUUAGAGGUGUUCUUCCUGCACUUCCCGACGGCGCUGCUGUGUGGGGAGCUGCGGAAGGCCUGGGUGGAGUUUGUGAACGUGAGCGGGGUGCCGCUGGCUGGGCUGCGUGUGGCGUCCACGCACCCGCACUUCUUCACGCUGGGCGCCCGCGGCGGGCAGGGCCAGGCACGCACGCCCCUCUCGCCCGCUGCCUCCGAGCACAACUCGGCGUACAAGACCGUCUCCGCGCUGCCCUCCACCGUCGCCGCGCUCACCCUGGUGUCGCCCGCAGAGUUCGGUGCCAGAGGGGCAGCAGGGGUCGGCGGUAGUGGAGGCUUAGAAGGGAUGCCCGCUGGAGUUGGCAGUGCCAGGGUGGUGGAGGUGGAGCUGCCCGGUCAGGUCCUGCAGCCGGGCGAGGCCCUCCAGGUGCCCAUGUGGCUGCGGGGGCCCGACACAGAAGGCGUGCACGAGAUCCACUUCCUGUUCUACUACGAGAGCACGCAGAAGAACGGCAAACUCAGUCAUAGGGUCCUGAGACACACCGCUGUCAUCUGCGCGAUCCGCUCGUUGUGUGUGCGUGCCUCGGCCUGCCGCAGCAACACUCUGGCCCUGACACACACACCCAACCCGGCACCGGCCCAGACGCCGGCUCAGGACCACAGGAGCGGCAGCAUGCUGGUCUUCGUUGAUGUGGAGAACGUCAACACCAGUGAGGUUGGGGUGCGUGAGUUUCACAUAGUGCAGGUGUCCAGCUGCAGCCGUCACUGGAGACUACACACCUGCAUUAACCCAGCUGGAGACAAAGACUCAAAGCUGGGGAGCAGAGAGAGGGGAAAGCUAUGUUUCAGAGCCAGCAGAUGCAAACCACAAGAAGCUACCUCAGAUGCUGAAAACAAACUCACUUUUGCAGACUUGAACUUAGGAAAUGAGCAGAUCGUGAGCUCUUCCACCCCAUGUGCAGACUUCUUCUUCCGCCGAGGCCCCUGUCCGGAUCAGAAGCGAUGUGGUGUGGUGGCGGGUGCAGCCUGGGGUCAGGGACUGGGGUCAGGGACUGUUGUCGACGACAGCCUGGCUGUGGUGAAGAAGUGUAGUGAGAUCGAGCUGGACCUCAUCGUCCUGUGGAAGGCAUAUGUUGUGGAGGAUAAUAAGCAGCUCAUCCUAGAGGGCCAGCUACACGUGUCUCUGCAGACUAUUGGCAAAGAGGUGUGCUCUCUAACGCAGAAAGAGGAGAGCCAGGAGAUGGUGCUGCUGAAGUUCAAGCCUGACCCCCCGCCCCCACUAGCCAGACCCUCCCAGGAGCAGCUCUCUCAUCUCAUCAAGACCUGCCUACAGUACCCGCAAACCUACCAGCACUCCUUUCCACAGCAAAGUUUGUGUAUGGUUCCAGUCACGCUGAUGCUGUCGAACUGCUCGCUGGCUCAGGUUGAUGUCAUCAUUGACCUGCGACACAAGUCUACCAGCCCUGAGCCUCUGGAGGCGUGCGGCAUGUUCGUGUGGCUGGGUCAGACGCAGUACAAGCUGCAGCUGGCCGCGCAGGAGGUGCGCUGCGUGCGUCUGCGCGUCUGCUUCACGCAGCCGGGUGUCUACAACCUGGGCACGCCGCGCGUCUUCGCCAAGCUCGCCCACAGCACCAACAUGUACGAGACCAGCCAACAGAGCGCCCUGCCUGCCCUUAUUGUCAUCGACGGCGUCUAACACGGAUAAAAACGCUCCACGUCUCGUGGGGUCAGAGCGCUCUCCAUGACCCUGGCUUGACCCUUCAGCGACGACGGUCAACAUCAGUGACAUGGCGCAGCAGCCACUGCGGCAUCACUGCAAACCUUUUACACGUCUUUGCGGUCUCUCUCUCUCUCUCUCUCUCUCUCUCUCUCUUUUUAUGUGACUGCAGCUCACAUUUACUGCAAUCUGUUGACAUCUCUGCUGUGAAACUCUGGUCACUUGGUCACUUGACUGUUGUCACAGAGACUUUACUGCAACUCUAGCACAACCUCACCCUCACCACAAGAGCAACGUCGCUGCAGUCCCUCCCAAAGGGGCGGGCGGGG